AUGAGUCAUAAGAGGAUCAUGCUUUUCACCAAUGAAGACAACCCCCACGGCAAUGACAGUGCCAAAGCCAGCCGGGCCAGGACCAAAGCCGGUGAUCUUCGAGAUACAGGCAUCUUCCUUGACUUGAUGCACCUGAAGAAACCUGGGGGCUUUGACAUAUCAUUGUUCUACAGAGAUAUUAUCAGCAUAGCAGAGGAUGAGGACCUCAGGGUUCACUUUGAGAAAUCCAGCAAGCUAGAAGACCUGUUGCGGAAGGUUCGCCCCAAGGAGACCAGAAAGCGAGCACUUAGCAGGUUAAAGCUGAAGCUCAACAAAGAUAUAGUGAUCUCUGUCGGCAUUUAUAAUCUGGUCCAGAAGGCUCUCAAGCCUCCUCCAAUAAAGCUCUAUCGAGAAACAAAUGAACCAGUGAAAACUAAGACCCGGACAUUUAAUACAAGUACAGGCGGUUUGCUUCUGCCUAGCGAUACCAAGAGGUCGCAGAUCUAUGGAAGUCGUCAGAUUAUACUGGAGAAAGAGGAAACAGAAGAGCUAAAAUGA